AACAGCGGCUGCUCGCCGCAGACGGAGCGCUCUCACUCACUGUGCCGAUUAAAGUUGAGCGCAGCACGCUGAUGACCUGCGAGCAUCCUCCGGGGAAACUGUGCAUUUGACUGGCUUAACGAGCGCCAGUUCCCAUCUCUACACUACAGAUCAUUUGUUGCUGUCUUAGCUCCGCUGUCCAGCAGUCUGAAGGCUGUGUUUGAACCCAGCGCACUGACGGAUACGGACACACACCGAGGAUCACAGAUGGACUGGCUUACACCUGAGAUGUGAAGUGUGUUAUGUGAGCCAAGGUGUUUUCCCACCUCGCUGGUGGUGGGGAGAGAUGCUGCACUCCGUUGCCAUGACAGCAGAAGUUCUCUUUGUUCUUGGGUUCCUGAUGAUGAGCGGCGUUCUGUGUAAUCCUAUCGCGACCUUACCAGUGAGCCAAGAGCGUCUGGAAAGGGUGUUGACCCAAGCUAGGGAGGACAAACAUCAGGACAAGCAGAUUGCAGAGGAGCCGCUGGGAUAUGCAGCUCAGCAGCAGCCGCAGGAAAUCAAUGCUUUAGGGCCCAACAGGACUGUCAGGCCAAACCUCAGCUCUCAGGCACGUGGCUCCAAAGGCGAGAAGUCCCAGGAGCUGUGGAGCGAACAGGACAGGCUGAACCAAAUAGACGAAGCCCCGACCAGUGACGUCACCCUCUCCCUGGACGCCAUCGACGAGUACGCAUACCCAGACUACAGAGGGAAAGGCUGCAUGGAUGAGAGUGGCUUUGUUUUUGCCAUCGGCGAGCAGUUUACCCCGGGCCCUUCAACGUGCCCUUGCCUCUGCACAGAUGAAGGCCCUCUGUGCUCCAAGCCAGAAUGUCCUAAGGUCCACCCUCGCUGCAUCAAAGUGGACACUAGCCAAUGCUGCCCGCAGUGUAAGGAGAAAAAGAACUACUGUGAGUUUCGGGGCAAAAUCUAUGCCUCGCUAGAAGAGUUUAAGGUGUCUCCAUGUGAGAAGUGCAGAUGUGAGCCAAGCGGAGAGGUGUUGUGCUCUGUGGCAGCCUGCCCCCAGACAGAGUGUGUGGACCCCGAGUACGAGCCAGAUCAAUGCUGUCCCAUCUGCAAGGGCGGGCCGAACUGCUAUGCAGACACGGCGGUGAUACCGGCUGGCCGAGAGGUGAAGAUUGAUGAGUGUACAAUCUGCUACUGCACAUACGAGGAAGGCACGUGGCAGAUUGAGCGUCAAGCCACCUGCAGCAAGAACGAGUGCCAGCGCAGCUAGAGACUGGCAUGGCGAAGGGGGGGGGCACUGGCACACAACACCAGUGCCAAUCCACACGCACACUCUCAGCCUUUCACCCAGUCUACCGGGCGUCAGGGUCGGACAGCACCCUUCAAGCAUUUCAGCAUUAAUACUGUAGUCACUCCUGUAUUACUGAAACAAUGCUUUUAUGAAAGUUUAUAAUCCACACACAGAAUAUCUAUUUAUCUAUGUAUUAAAUUAUUUAUGAAUAUAUACACAAAAUAUAGGAGUCAUUAAUGCUGAAACAGUGGAAAAAUAUUUUUUAUAGUAUCUGUAUUUUAUUAAGCAAUGUAUUGGACCAGAGGUCAAUAAAACAACAGAAUGUAUAGAACACACACACAGCUGUCUUUGGAGGUGCAAACCUCAACGUCUCUUGAACCUGCGGUGUCAUCAUGACAAAUCCCGACACCCGCUCCUCUACCACCAAAGUGCAGACUAGACUGUGCGCGAUUCAUUUUACACAAUAGGUGCAGAUUUGCUGUGUAGGAUGAGCCGGUGCAGAGUUAGAAAGAACAACGAAGAAACGGGCAGAAAUUGACGAGGACUUGACUGUUUCCUGAUUUCUUUGAUCUUUUUUGGAUGUUCAAAUGUGCUUUGAUUUGAAAGUGCUUUUUUUUGUAUUUCUCUUGGUACAGUGUGUUCAUGUUUCAAAUAAAUGCCAUUCUGUGCUCUGUAAAUGCUCCGAUGGUACCUUUUAUUUUUUUUAGCUGUGGGUGUUUAUGUUGAUGG